CCCCGGGCCUUGUCUAUGAGCAGCCUGCGUCGGCUCCAAGCAGCCACCUGCCAGCCUGCGCAUCACACUCUUCUUUAUCCCCAUGCUGAUCGUCUGUCGUUCUUUCGAGUCUGAGCAGACUGUCAUCAAAAGAUCAUGACUAUUGCUGCAGCAUAUCAGUCCAGGACGUCUUGGGUUCAUGCUGUGCCUGUUUCCCACCUUUGCGACUCUCGAAAUUAACCCCAAACUUCGAUACCGACUUCGCCGGUGCACAUCUUAUCUCAGCCCGUAUUCGUGCACAGAAGAUGCCGUUGCGAAUCCUCCGGACCCUAGGAUACCUGCCCCUUAAAGACCUAUGUUGAUGUCGAAACCCUGCUAUUCCGGUGACAGAAUUCGCACGCCAUGCCGCGCCCAAAGAAAGCCGAUCAGGAUGGAAGAGAGGCGAAGAAGCGCUCGAGGAAUGGUUGCUGGCCUUGUAAAUCGAGGAAGGUCAAGUGUGGGGAAGAGAAGCCCAGUUGUGUCAACUGCCAGAGGCAAGGUGAAACAUGCGAUUACAGUAUACGAUUGAACUGGGAUGGACGAAGCAAGAGAAAAGACGACGGAAAACCGGGCGCACAAAUCAUGACCUUCAGCCAGCAUCAAACCACUCCACCGCAGCCCAUGUUGCAUGGUUAUUCAAACGGUGUUCCCGUUCAAGGACUCGACUGCGACAUGAAUUCCCGAGUUUCUGAUAUGCAAUCACAAAUGCCUCCGAACUACCUCGUUGGACACCACUCGCCAGACCCCUCAAUGUCUUCGAUUCCUCAUUUCUCGAACCCCGUUCCAAUGCCUGCGACCGAUCCCAAUCCUUCCAGACCACCCCCUCCACCUGUCUUGAGGACACCCCGCUGGACUGAAGGUGCAACCCAUCCUGUAGGACCCGAAAAUGUACCUGUGCCCCCUUUGCGACAUUCAAUGUCGCUUCCAGCAUAUCCUUCGCCAUCAGAAUCAGCAUUCGGCAGCCCGAGCCUCAAUGGGGGGAUGUAUCACUUUGGUGGGAACACUGUGCAAAUGCGCCCGCCCAUGCCAACGUCCAACCCGAUUCACUAUCAGGAAUCUGUCAAUUCGCCCCAACACCCUUCCAAAAGAAUAAAGUUGAGUCCUCGGACGGACAACUUUGGCAGACCGAUGCAAAACUUUCAACGGGCAACGUCUUAUGGUCCCAAUGAAACCGAGGAAUCACUCCGGGUCCAGUUCAAUCCUAACACACCUACUUUCUUCCCUUCUUACCUCAGCAAUCCAUUGACUCCAGCGACCUCGGCAUCACAAGCCACGGAUGGCGAUGAUCGACGUAUCUCAGUGAGCUCCUUGUUGUCUGAAGAUCUUGACACGGAAGACUCAAAGGCUUCAAACCUUGCCGAACAGACCGUGGUGCCCGAUGAUCAGUACUCACGGCGUGGUUCUCUUCACCAGCGAAUGGUGUCGUACACGCAGACCGAGACUUAUGGGAUGGACCGCGGAAAUCCUGACCUGGACAUCCCGAGGAACAAUGACACCAUGGCCAUCUCAGGCGACUCACCUUCAGAACAUAGUGACUUCGAAUCAUGGUUAAACGACACCGAUCUCGGAGUACCAGAGUUUGGUUUUGGGCUUGUAAGUCGGGAGACAGUGUUUGCCAAAGGCGGCUAUUACGCUUCACCAGUUCCCAUCAAGAUCCCACGAAAGUUAGAACCAUUACCUCGAACACUUUCAGAGAAUCCAAUGAACUUGCUCUAUUUCCAUCACUUUCUCAACCACACGGCCAGGAUUUUGGUGCCACAUGAUUGUCCCGAAAACCCUUUCAAGACAAUUCUCCCAAAAAUGGCCGUGGAGAACACGAAUCUACUCAACUUAUUACUGGCCUAUUCUGCAUGCCAUCGGGCGAGACUGUUGAAUCACCCCGAACCUGCGAAUCGUAUUGCUCAUUGGGUUCGAGAUGUGUUUCCCUUCCUGCGACAGACUCUGGACAAUGUUUCAAACACGGAUGUAUCCAAUGCUAAUUUGGCCACCGCAAUCAUGUUGUCUUCUCUGGAGAUCAUUUCACCUUCAAGUUUUGGUGUAUCCAUCCCGUGGCAAAAUCAUCUGAGUGUUGCCAGAAGUAUCAUCCGUGCUCGAGGAGGCCCAAAUUCGAUCUCAAGAAAGGACCCAGUCAUGUUCUUUUUGACUCGAUGGUUAGCAUAUCUGGACGUGUUGGGUUCGCUCUCUGGCAGACGCAAUGAAGAGCCUCUGUUUGCCGGCAAUUACUGGUCCAGUUCGCACGAAGAUAGCACUUCGGCAAAGGAGCUGUCACUGACCGACGACGAUGGAGAUGAUGACGAUGACUAUACCAUUGACUGUUUGUUAGGCUUCACUACCAGGUGUGUUUCAAUCCUGGCUCAGGUGGCUGUCCUGGCCAGACAAUGUGAGUCGGGCAGGAUCGAUCCAGAGACUGGACAGAUCAACGAAGCAUGGAGGCCUGCCCCCGAUAUCCUUAAGAAAGCAGAGAAGCUGCGCCAGGACCUGGAGCGUGCUCGAAACCACGAACACAUCCAAUGUCACCAUAGUCCACAAAUGACAAAAGCCCACCUGUGCGACUCACGACGCAACUCGGCUUAUGCAGAAAUGUCAGAGAAAGACCAGGAAGAAGCUUUUGCGACAAAUUCUGCGUUUCAUUGGGCAGGGCUUGUACACCUGCUCCGCAGAAUUCACAACCUUCCUCGUAGUGAUCAGGCGGUGCAGCACGCGGUUCAUGAAAUUGUGAAAAUUUUACAAAGCAUUCGACGAGAAGGGAGUGCCGAAGCCUGUCUCUUGUUUCCCAUGUUCACGGCUGGUGUCGAGGCUGAAGAUCCACUCGAUCGAGCAGAGGUUCUAAGCAGGAUCAAGGCCUCUGAAGGACUUGGAAUGUGUCAAGUCAGUCAUGCUCGCAAGAUCAUGGAAGAGGUUUGGCGGACAGGAGUUAGUUGGGAGGGUUUGACAACAGGAGGAUUCUUUGGUUGAUUAUACAUGGAGUACCGAUGUGUAGCAACACACAGGUGGACACGACUAUGUUUACGUUUUAUGACCAUGAGAUAUUAUCUCUACUUUUUGCAUUUGAUGAGCGUUGGUGCUGGGGGAUUUUGGGUCUAUAUACUGUUUUUUUCAUGACUUCUGCAGUGGAACAUUCAUGUCGCCAAUCUGGCACUUGUUUUUGUGGCUGUACAGUCCUCUAGAUAUCUAUUGUGCCUAACAAUGCUCUGGUUUUGUUCUUUCUUACACGUGCGGACACGAAGAGGUGAGACUCGGUACCGAAUAUAAUUGGCAGCCAUCUAUUAAACGACGUCAGCACGUGCGAC